AUGGAGAACGAAUUUAUCGAAUCUAUUUCAUAUAAAAAAGACCGCUUUCUAUCCCAAAGAGUAACAGAGCAUUAUUCAGUCAGUUCCACUGAUUCAAUAAUAAUAAACAGUUCUGAUUUUGAAAUACGUACAAGUAGUCAUGAUGAGAAGGAAAAUCAACCAUUACUUGCUAACUUCGAAGAUAAUGAUCUCAACGAAUAUGAAAAUAACGAGCUUGUACAAAAUACUAUUCAAGAAUUGAAUAAAUUCUUCGCUACUGUUAAGUGUCAAUGUUCUAAUAAUAAUAAAGAAAAUAAAAAGUGUUUUGAGGUUGUUGGAUUUAAACAGUUUUUUGAACGUCACCUCCAAUUUCGUGCUUUGAGUAGAGAAGAAUUGGAAGCAGUGUUAAUGGGACAAAUUCUGGCAUUCCAGUGUGAUGGAAACAUAAAGAGUGACGGACAUUGUUCAUGCGAUUUCUAG